CAGUCCUCAGCAGUGGGGAUGUGGGGGUUUUGUGUAAUGCAAAAAUCGGCUAAAACCCUACAAAACUCCGACUACAAAUUGAAAAUCUCAAAGCAAUGCCCCAAAUCACAAACCUUCGCCUCCUACUCUCCUCCGCCACUCUCCCCACCUCCUCUCCUCUCAAAUCCUCCUCUUUUCUCUCCUCUCUCCUAUUCAGACCCAAAUCUUCUCCAACUCUCAGACCCCAUUCUUCUUCUUCCCUCUUCACUGCCUUGUCUUCCUACUCCAAGAAACACCAUUCGCGUCCUCCUCUCAAUCUCACCCACAGGAACAAUAGUUCUUUGAGAGAGAAAGAGACUGAGAAGAGAGAGAAAGGGUUGGUGGCAAUGGAAGAGACUCAAUCUGUUGGGUUUAACAAGAGAAGGGCUGAGGGUAGAGAUAAGAGUGAUAGGCCCAAAAAAAUACUCCCUUUGAAGGACCGCAAGCUCAAUCCUGUCAAUACCAUUUGCUACGUUCAGAUUUUGGGGACAGGAAUGGAUACUCAGGAUACGUCGCCGUCAAUCUUGCUUUUCUUUGACAAGCAAAGAUUUAUAUUUAAUGCUGGAGAAGGGUUGCAACGCUUCUGUACAGAGCAUAAGAUUAAGUUGUCAAAGAUUGAUUAUAUAUUUCUCUCUCGUGUAUGCUCAGAAACAGCGGGUGGACUUCCAGGUCUUUUAUUGACAUUGGCUGGUAUGGGAGAAGAAGGAAUGUCUGUCAACGUAUGGGGUCCCUCAGAUCUCAAGUAUUUAGUAGAUGCAAUGAGAUCGUUCAUCCCAAAGGCCGCUGUGGUUCACACACAUAGCUUUGGACCAUCACCUGGUACUGAUGGGGUUCCUAUUCCUGAGCCAAGGAAGUUUACUGACCCUAUUGUUCUCAUUGAUGAUGAAGUUGUCAAAAUAUCAGCUGUUCUUCUGCAACCAAGCUGUUCUGCCGGGUCUGAGCUCAACAAGAAAAGUGGCAACUUGCUUGAUGCAACAGAAUUGGAUCUAGAAGAGGGAGGAAAUCAGUAUUCUGAACCCCUUUCACCACGAUGUCCAAAUAAUGAAGCUGAGCUUGCAGUAAAGCUUGGUGAUAUAUCUGUGAUAUAUGUUUGUGAACUGCCAGAAAUAAAGGGCAAGUUUGAUCCCAAAAAAGCUUCUGCUCUUGGAUUGAAACCUGGCCCAAAGUAUCGUGAACUGCAACUAGGGAAUUCAGUGAAGUCAGAUCAUCAAAAUGUCAUGGUUCAUCCAAGUGAUGUAAUGGGUCCUUCUGUUCCUGGUCCAAUCGUACUCAUCGUUGACUGCCCAACAUUAUCUCAUUUGCAAGCGUUGUCUUCACACUGUCUUAGCAGUUAUUAUGGAGAUAUGUCAGACAACCUAGCAGAGACCUCCAAAGCAGUGAAUUUUAUAAUUCACCUAACCCCUGCACAUGUAAUAAACACCAGUGACUAUCAGAAGUGGAUGACAAGAUUUAGUGGAGCCCAACAUAUCAUGGCAGGACAUGAAAUGAAGAAUGUUGAGGUUCCUAUUUUAAAAUCCAGUGCAAGGGUUGCAGCACGGCUAAAUUAUCUGUGUCCUCAGUUCUUUCCAGCUUCAGGUUUUUGGUCUCUCCAGCACCUGAAUUGCUCAGCGCCAGGCCCCGGGACAUUGAGUGAGGUUCCUGCUCCAAAGCUUUGUGAAGUCAUCUCUGCUGAAAAUCUCCUAAAGUUCCAUUUGCGUCCUUAUGCUCAGCUUGGGUUAGAUAGAUCUUGUGUUCCGAGUUUAGUGUCUUCCUCAGAAAUCAUCAAUGAGUUACUUUUGGAGAUUCCAGAGGUUGUAGAUUCUGCCCAACAGAUUACCUGGUUCUGGCGUGACGGCAAACAUUCAAAAGAGGAUGUGACUCCCAUGCUAAAUAACAAUCUUAUGAUUGAAGAGCCAUGGUUGAAUGAAAAUGCUCUUCCUAGUUGUUUGGAAGAUAUUUCAAGAGAAGACAUGGAGAUUGUUCUUCUGGGGACUGGUUCAUCCCAGCCUUCAAAGUACCGAAAUGUUAGUUCUAUCUUAAUCAAUCUUUUCUCAAAAGGAAGCUUACUCUUAGAUUGUGGUGAAGGAACCCUAGGUCAGCUGAAAAGAAGAUUUGGUGUCGAGGGUGCUGAUGAUGCUGUGAGAGGUUUAAGGUGUAUUUGGAUUUCUCACAUUCAUGCAGACCACCAUACGGGUCUAGCAAGAAUACUUGCUCUUCGACGUGAUUUGUUGGAGGGUGUGCCGCACGAACCUUUGCUUGUUAUUGGCCCUAGGCAGCUUAAGAGAUUUCUAGACGCAUACCAAAUACUUGAAGAUCUAGAUAUGCAGUUCCUUGAUUGUAGGCAUACCACAGAAGCUUCAUUGGAGGCUUUUGAAUCAAAUAGUUUUGUGAAUAAUGCAAGCACAGUUGGGCGAACAAACCACAAUAUUGAUUCUACUUUGUUUGCUGAAGGAAGUCGUAUGCAGAGCUAUUGGAAGAGACCAGAUAGUCCUGUUAACAAUGGCACAGUUAUUCCCAUCCUAAACAACAUGAAAAAAGUGCUCGGAGAAGCAGGUUUAGAGGCUUUGAUAAGUUUUCCUGUAGUGCACUGUCCACAGGCAUUUGGUGUGGUCUUGAAGGCUGCAGAUCGAAUCAAUGCUGUUGGGAAAUUAAUACCAGGCUGGAAGAUUGUGUACUCUGGUGAUACUAGGCCCUGCCCAGAAUUAAUUGAGGCAUCUCAUGGAGCAACAAUUCUUAUACACGAGGCAACAUUUGAGGAUGGAAUGGUAGAGGAGGCUAUAGCAAAAAACCACAGCACAACGAAGGAAGCCAUUGAAGUUGGGAACUCUGCUGGAGCAUAUCGUAUCAUUCUUACCCACUUCAGCCAAAGAUACCCUAAGAUUCCAGUGUUUGAUGAAACUCACAUGCACAAAACCUGCAUUGCCUUCGACUUGAUGAGUGUUAACUUAGCAGAUCUGCAUGUGCUUCCCAAAGUUCUUCCUUAUUUCAAAAUUCUUUUUAGGGAUGAUAUGAUUGUUGAUGAAUCUGAUGAUGUUGUCAAUGCCGUAAGUGCAGCUAAUUAAAUGCAACAAUUUUGUAACACAUUGUUGGUGUUGUAUGGCCCUGUUGGGCUUGAAAGUUGUUGAUUCUUGUGAACAAACAGUGGCAGCAUGAUUCGUCAAAAAUGAUGGGAUCUAAAUGUGCUGAUUGGGGGACAUACUGCCCAAAGGAGACAUACUGCCCAAAGGAAUUGGGCCAUAGAAUGUACAUUUGAACGGAUUAGAUGUUUUAGCCUGUUUGGGAUUAGUAAUGACAUGGAAUUGAAGUCAGAUUAGUAAUA